AGACGGAGUAAAGAGACACAGCUAGAGAGAGAGAGAGAGAGAGAGAGAGAAAUGGCGAGUUGAUUGGGGCGAAGAAUCAGAGGAUGUUGCCCCCAUCUUAGCCAUCUGCUAAAAUUGCACACAAUUUGAGCUCAAAUCUCUCUUGAUUCUCAAGAUCUGUGCCGCAAAUUCACCUAAACUGAUAGUAUAUUUCAUAAUCUGUGUGUUUGCUCUGUUUUUUGAGAAGAAAUGGAGGCAAAUGCUGGAAUGGUCGCUGGAUCGUACAAGAGGAACGAGUUGGUUCGGAUUCGGCACGAUUCUGAUAGCGGGCCCAAGCCCUUGAAGCCACUGAAUGGCCAAAUAUGUCAGAUAUGUGGAGAUACUGUUGGCCUUACGGCCAGUGGCGAUGUUUUUGUUGCUUGCAAUGAGUGUGCCUUCCCAGUUUGCCGGCCUUGUUACGAGUACGAGCGAAAAGAUGGAAAUCAAGCCUGCCCUCAGUGCAAGACCAGAUAUAAGAGACACAAAGGAAGUCCUCGAGUUGACGGAGAUGAUGAAGAAGAUGAUGUUGAUGACCUAGAAAAUGAGUUCAAUUACAACCAAGGAAAGGCAAGACGCCAGUGGCAGGGAGAAGAUGCUGACCUAUCUUCAUCUUCAAGACAUGAAUCUCAACCAAUCCCCCUUCUCACUAAUGGGCAUUCGGUAUCUGGUGAAAUCCCCAGUGUUACACCUGACAACCAAUCUGUACGGACUACGUCAGGUCCUUUGGGCCCUGGUGACAAGCAUGUUCAUUCACUUCCUUAUAUCGAUCCAAGGCAACCAGUUCCUGUGAGAAUUGUGGACCCUUCGAAGGAUUUGAAUUCUUAUGGCCUUGGAAACGUUGACUGGAAGGAAAGGGUUGAAGGGUGGAAACUCAAACAGGAAAAAAAUGUUAUGCAAAUGGCUAAUAGAUAUCCUGAAGGGAAGGGAGAUAUUGAAGGCACAGGAUCAAAUGGAGAAGAACUGCAAAUGGCUGACGAUGCUCGCCAACCCUUGAGCCGCGUGGUGCCUAUUUCUUCUUCUCAACUUACCCCUUAUCGUGCAGUAAUCAUACUUCGGCUGAUUAUCUUGGGCUUCUUCUUGCAAUACCGUUGUACUCAUCCAGUGUCGGAUGCUUAUCCAUUGUGGCUGGUCUCAGUUAUCUGUGAGGUUUGGUUUGCAUUAUCCUGGCUUCUGGAUCAGUUUCCAAAAUGGUCACCCAUCAAUCGUGAAACCUACCUGGACAGGCUUGCAUUGAGAUAUGAUAGGGAAGGGGAGCCUUCACAAUUAGCACCUAUUGACGUAUUUGUCAGUACAGUGGAUCCACUGAAAGAGCCUCCUCUUGUAACAGCUAACACUGUCUUGUCCAUCCUUGCUGUGGAUUACCCUGUCGACAAAGUUUCUUGUUAUGUUUCAGAUGAUGGGUCAGCAAUGUUAACCUUUGAAGCUCUCUCCGAGACGGCGGAAUUUGCAAGGAAAUGGGUGCCCUUCUGCAAGAAGCACAGUAUUGAGCCUAGGGCCCCUGAAUUUUAUUUUGCUCAAAAGAUAGAUUACUUGAAGGACAAGAUUCAACCUUCUUUUGUGAAAGAGCGCAGAGCAAUGAAGAGGGAAUAUGAAGAAUUCAAGGUGAGAAUCAAUGCACUUGUUGCCAAAGCACAAAAGAUGCCCGAAGAAGGUUGGACAAUGCAAGAUGGAACCCCCUGGCCUGGAAAUAACCCUAGGGAUCAUCCGGGAAUGAUUCAGGUGUUCUUAGGCCAUAGUGGGGGCCUUGAUACAGAUGGCAAUGAGCUACCACGAUUGGUUUAUGUUUCUCGUGAGAAGCGUCCAGGCUUUCAACAUCACAAGAAAGCUGGAGCUAUGAACGCUUUGAUUCGAGUUUCAGCUGUCUUGACCAAUGGUGCAUAUCUGUUGAACGUCGAUUGUGAUCACUACUUCAACAACAGCAAGUGUCUUAAAGAAGCCAUGUGUUUUAUGAUGGAUCCUGCCUAUGGGAAGAAAACCUGCUAUGUACAGUUCCCACAGCGGUUUGAUGGCAUUGAUUUGCACGAUCGAUAUGCUAAUCGCAAUAUUGUCUUUUUUGAUAUCAACUUGAAAGGAUUGGAUGGAAUCCAGGGUCCAGUCUAUGUGGGAACUGGUUGUUGUUUCAACAGGCAAGCACUCUACGGGUAUGAUCCAGUCUUAACGGAGGAAGAUUUGGAACCAAACAUUAUUGUGAAGAGUUGUUGUGGUUCAAGGAAGAAGGGAAGGAGUGGCAACAAGAAAUACAUCGAUAAAAACAGAGCAUUAAAUAGAACAGAGUCCACCAUUCCUAUUUUCAAUACAGAGGACAUAGAAGACGGUGUUGAAGGAUACGAUGAAGAGAAAUCACUUCUUAUGUCUCAGAAGAGCUUAGAGAAGCGAUUUGGUCAAUCUCCGGUUUUUAUUGCAGCAACCUUUAUGGAGCAAGGGGGCAUUCCACCAACAACAAAUCCCGCAACUCUUUUAAAAGAAGCAAUUCAUGUUAUUAGCUGUGGGUACGAGGACAAGACUGAAUGGGGCAAAGAGAUUGGAUGGAUCUAUGGCUCCGUGACUGAAGAUAUUUUGACUGGGUUUAAGAUGCAUGCACGGGGAUGGAUUUCAAUCUACUGUAUGCCUCCUCGCCCAGCAUUUAAGGGGUCUGCUCCCAUUAAUCUUUCUGAUCGUUUAAACCAGGUGCUUCGGUGGGCCCUGGGAUCUAUUGAGAUUCUUUUGAGUAGGCAUUGCCCCAUAUGGUAUGGCUACAGCGGGAGAUUGAAGCUUUUGGAGAGACUGGCAUAUAUUAAUACCAUUGUCUAUCCUCUCACCUCUAUCCCUCUACUUGCUUACUGUAUACUUCCUGCUGUUUGCCUUCUCACUGGAAAAUUCAUCAUUCCCGAGAUAAGCAACUAUGCUAGUAUGUGGUUCAUUCUUCUUUUCGCUUCCAUUUUCUCCACUGGUAUAUUGGAGCUUAGAUGGAGCGGUGUGGGUAUCGACGACUGGUGGAGAAAUGAACAGUUUUGGGUCAUCGGCGGUACAUCAGCCCAUCUCUUUGCCGUCUUCCAAGGGCUCUUGAAAGUUCUUGCCGGGAUUGAUACCAACUUCACUGUCACCUCAAAGGCAUCUGAUGAAGAUGGAGACUUUGCUGAGCUUUACGUGUUCAAAUGGACAUCUCUUCUCAUCCCUCCAACCACAGUUCUUAUCGUUAACUUGGUGGGUAUAGUGGCCGGUGUUUCCUAUGCCAUAAACAGCGGGUAUCAGUCGUGGGGCCCUCUAUUUGGCAAACUGUUCUUCGCCAUUUGGGUCAUUGUUCACUUGUAUCCCUUCCUCAAGGGUUUGUUGGGUCGCCAAAAUCGCACACCAACAAUCGUUAUUGUCUGGUCCAUACUUCUUGCUUCCAUAUUCUCCUUGCUAUGGGUACGAAUUGAUCCCUUCACAUCUGACGCUACGAAAACUGCUACCCUAGGUCAAUGUGGCAUUGAUUGCUAGUUUUUUUGAGGAUCGUUGCAAUCGGUUUCGCGUAGCAUCUCUUCAUCAUGCUUGCCCUCUUUGUAAAUAAAACAAGGAGAUAAGAUAUUGAACUGGCAUGAAGGGUUUAAGUUAUGUUGUACUAUGUUGUCUUGAAAGGUGAUAUGGAUGAAGAAUAGAGACACAACACAACCAUUUUUUUUUUUAUGUUCAUUUUGUUUUUGUAAUUUUUUUUUGGGGAUCUUAUUUUAUUGUGUCGUCCAUAGGUGUUUUCAAACUUUUGAGUCGAUGUUGAUGAUGUUAUUUGUGCAGUACGUCUGAUGAUAUAUUUAUUAUCAAGGUUGUAUCCUACGUGAACCAUUGGUGGAAGUAAUUCCUAUUGAAAUGAAACAGAAAAAUAAGUUAUUUACUGAGGAUUUAUGGA